AUGUCGCAAGAAAAGCCUACCGUUCUGGGCAUGCCGCCCUUCGUGGCUGACUUCUUGAUGGGUGGUGUCUCCGCCGCCGUCUCGAAGACUGCUGCCGCUCCCAUUGAGCGUGUCAAGCUCCUUAUCCAGAACCAGGAUGAGAUGCUUAAGGUCGGUCGUCUCGACCGCAAGUACGACGGUAUCGUCGAGUGCUUCAGCAGAACCGCCAAGGCCGAGGGUGUCAUGUCCCUGUGGCGUGGUAACACUGCCAACGUCAUCCGUUACUUCCCUACCCAGGCCCUGAACUUCGCUUUCCGUGACAAGUUCAAGGCUAUGUUCGGUUACAAGAAGGACAAGGACGGUUACGCCAAGUGGAUGGCCGGUAACCUGGCUUCCGGUGGUGCUGCUGGUGCCACUUCCCUGCUCUUCGUCUACUCCCUCGAUUACGCCCGUACCCGUCUGGCCAACGACGCCAAGAACGCCAAGGGUGGUGGUGACCGUCAGUUCAACGGUCUCGUCGAUGUCUACCGCAAGACUCUUGCCUCUGACGGUAUUGCUGGUCUGUACCGUGGUUUCGCUCCUUCCGUCGCUGGUAUCGUUGUCUACCGUGGUCUGUACUUCGGUAUGUACGACUCGCUGAAGCCCGUCGUCCUGGUCGGUCCUCUCGCAAACAACUUCUUGGCCUCUUUCGCUCUUGGUUGGGGUGUCACCACCGGUGCCGGUAUCGCUUCCUACCCUCUUGACACUAUCCGUCGUCGUAUGAUGAUGACCUCUGGUGAGGCCGUCAAGUACAACGGUACUCUCGAUGCUGCCCGCCAGAUUGUCGCCAAGGAGGGUAUCAAGUCGCUCUUCAAGGGUGCUGGUGCCAACAUCCUCCGUGGUGUCGCCGGUGCUGGUGUCCUGUCGAUCUACGAUCAGCUCCAGGUCAUCCUCUUCGGCAAGGCCUUCAAGGGUGGCUCUGGCUAA